CGUGGAUUGGUCGCCUUGUUAGGUCUGCUCAAAUAUUCUGUCAGGAGAUAGCUGGGUGGCAGGGACGAGGCGAGACGAGAGGGGCGCGUUUCGCUUGGGCACCUCAAAAGCCAUGUAAGACCUCUGGCUUACCAACAAUUACGACAAAAAGUUAAAUUUAUUUACCAAGAACUUCAAAUAUGUAUAAAUUUGUAACUUCAUUUUGAUAGCAACCAAGAAAAGUUAUUUGGAAUUGACAUAUCACCAACCAAGAGGACGCAUUUGGGAAUUACGCAUUUAGAAACUUGGCUGCAACUUUCCAAAAGUCAACUUCUUACGUUAAGGAUACUUGUAAUCAGUUUGGAUGUCUGGUAAAAGCGAAGACUCACGCACGGAGCUUUCUUUGAGGUAGUUUUGCGAAUCCUUUCUGUCAAAAAGUGGAUUUUGUUUGGCUGACAUCAUGAGCGGGGGUCGUUUUGAAUUUGACGACGGUGGAGCGUACUGCGGCGGCUGGGAGGGAGGCAAGGCGCACGGACAUGGGAUCUGCACCGGCCCCAAAGGACAGGGGGAGUACGCUGGAUCGUGGAACUACGGCUUCGAGGUGGUCGGAGUCUACACCUGGCCAAGCGGGAAUACCUACGAGGGGUACUGGCAGCAGGGCAAGCGGCACGGCCUGGGCAUAGAAACCAAGGGGCACUGGAUUUACAAAGGCGAGUGGACGCACGGGUUUAAAGGAAGAUACGGCGUCAGGACGAACGUGGUGAGCGGUGCCAAGUAUGAAGGAACGUGGAAUAACGGGCUACAGGACGGGUAUGGCACGGAGACGUACGCGGACGGAGGCACGUUCCAGGGCCAGUUCACAGGGGGCAUGCGACAUGGCUACGGCGUGCGUCAGAGCGUCCCCUAUGGGAUGGCGGCGGUGGUGCGCUCGCCCCUGCGCACCUCUCUCACCUCCCUGCGCUCAGAGCACAGUAAUGGGGCCGUGCUGCAGCAGGAUGUCCCUCUCAUCACCACCACCAGUGCCUCAGGGGAGGAGACACCCGUGUCCACCCCCACACACCUGGGCCCGGCACGGGGAGGCUUCGCCCUGACAUUGCAGGUGGAUCCAGAGACUGCCAAGACCAAGAAGAAGGGGCUGUUUCAGAGGAGCUCUCUUCUGGGCAAACUGAAGAAGGCUGAGUCCAAUACAUCACUGUCCAGUCAAAAAAGUAAACUUAGUUUCCUCAGAACAGAGUCAGCUCUGAGCUCCAAUGCCAGUGACACCAACUCUACUAUAAGCCUGGGAGACGAGAGCCUGGCUGGAGCAGAGGACUUCCCCCCGGUGGAGGCUGACAUCGACGCCACCACCACAGAGGUGUACAUGGGCGAGUGGAAAAAUGACAAGCGCUCAGGCUAUGGCAUCAGCGAGCGCUCCAGCGGACUCAAGUAUGAAGGGGAGUGGCUCAACAACCAGAGGCAUGGCUACGGCUGCACCACCUUUGCAGAGGGGGGCAGAGAGGAGGGCAAGUACCUGAACAACAUGCUGGUAAAGGCCGUGAAGAAAAGAGUAAUCCAGCUCAAAGGAACCAAGAUCAAACACAAGGUGGAGCGGGCGGUGGAGGGAGCGCAGAGAGCAGCCGCCAUCGCCAAGCUCAAGGCCGAGAUUGCUGCGUCCAGAACCACUCAUGCAAAGGGAAAGUCUGAUGGAGCAGACCAGGCGGCUCAGGCCUCCAGCGGAGAGGCCAGUCUGGCCCGAGCUGUGGCCAAAGAACUGUCACCUUCAUUCUACCAACCAGGUCCAGAGUACCUGAAAAAGCGUGCCCUGCAGGAGGCAAUGGAGAGCAGUGAGAACACAGACACUGUGAUGCACGAGCCACUGUUAGCCGAAGAAGAGCCAUUGCCCACCCCUCCUGAGAGUCCUGUUCCCAACGAGCUUGACCUCCUCAUGCCUGAGUCGUCACCCGCACGGACCCCCUCUCCCAGCCCCGGCAUCACCCAGCCCCCCAAAGACGACAAGCUUCUCAGCCCUAGAACCUGGAGCGAGGGAGGAGGGAGCACCAAGUCAAACAGCAAACCAAACAGUCGCCCUAUUACGCCUUCUACACCUGUCACUACUGCUCCUCCACCUGCACCUGUCACUCCUGCAUCCGCCCCCGAACGCAGCCCGAGCCGCCAAAGCAACAAAGUCGAACAAGACCUCGAAAUUAAACCUCUCCAAAAAUUCAACGACGAGAAACAAUCUGAAGCUGCAAUUUCCGCUCCAUCCCCAGCACAAGUAGAGGAGGAAGAGGAGCCAGUACCACCUGUACCACCUCCACGCCCAACAUCCAAAAUGUCCGCUAAAGCUGCCACCCCAGAACCGCCGAAAGUGGUAGAGCCAAAGCCUGAGAGAGCUCCAUCAGUCCAGGAGAGGGCGCCAUCCGUGUCCAGGGAGACAAGUAGAUCUUCGAGCAGAGCAGAUUCAAGGCCGGCGUUGAAGAGGCAGGCGAGUCCCGCUCCAAGACCUAAACUGGAGGCGAAGAUCCCAGCUCCCAAACCAGUGGAGCCCAAACCAGCAGAGGUUAAAGCUGUGGUACCUAAAGCAGCACCUAAACCUGAGCCUAAAGCUGAAACUAGACUGAAGUCAACAGGAGUGAGUCAGAGCAAAGAGGAGCCACUGGACUCUCUGGAUAUGGAGGGCCCGAACACCAUCUUGAUUGUCAUGGUAAUUCUACUUAACAUUGGGUUAGCCAUUCUCUUUGUGCACAUCCUGUCUUGAGGUUCUUUACUUCAGGUUACAGUUGGAAGAUGGCGCCUCCUCAGGACCAGAAAUGCUACGGCCUCCUGCAGACAGCCAGGGGGCGCUGUUUUUUGUUGAAUGACUUGUGUUGAGGCUCUGGGAAUCUCCGAGACUCGAGACAGAAGAGAAGAGGAAAGGCUCCAAAAACUGGGACAAUUCAGGACAAAAAGUGUUGAAGUCACGAUGGAUGAGUAUGUCUACACAGGAAGAAGUCAUCAAUGUUGUUUUAAAUGGAAAGGAACUACGCAGAGUUCAGAAGAUGUUGGUUAAUUACUGACUGAAAAUUCUCACCAAAAUGCCUUAACCAUGAUUAUAUAGCAACAGCACACGUGUGAAGAGUGUGGGAGUGUAUUUAUGGUCAGUGUACUGUUUUAAUGUUGUUUUAAUUGUACUGUAGUAACUUUUAAAUUAUUCAUAAUUCACCCUAUGCUGUGCUAGAAACUGCAUUUUUAAGCUUACCAUAUUGAAAAUGUACCUAUUGUUUCAUUCACAUCAGUUUGAGUACUCUUGCAUAUUUAGUCUAUCUCAAAACCUUCUGUUACACCUGCUGAUGUCACAAGGUGGUAACCAGGAAGUAGGCUGCAUUCAUUUGUGCUGUAGUAAUGUUUAAAUUAUUCCUAAAUGCCCCAUGUUGUUAGAAACUGCCUUUUUAAGCUUACCAGAGAAAACAUAGCUUUCGUAUAAUUUAUAACUGUUAGUCCAUAUUUAGUCUAUCUCAGAACACUCAGUUUCACUUGCUGAUGUCACCAAGUGGUAUCCACGAAGUAGUUUAUAAUAUUGAACUGGGCAGUUCAUGAUUCAAGCUAUCAACAUGACUUCGCUACAAAGCUGGCCACUGCUUUUACCGUGGUUUAAACUGCUUUACCUUAAACCAUGCGUUCUCUGCUAGAAAUAAUUACAUUUUGUAUAUGCACAGAGCUUAUGGCUGAGAGCAUUUGACCAGUUUUCAAUUCAAAUGAAUUAUAUUAGGUUAUAAAACAGAUAGAUUGUGGUGUGCAGACUUAUUUUAAAUGCUUAAAAUAACAGAAUGUAUGAGCUUUAAAUCGCAUUAUUUAUUACAGGUUGUGAAUGGUAGUAUUUAGUUUAAGUUGAAACAAUUCUCUGGGAAAAUGUAAAAUAUAAAAGUGUACUGAAUCUCCUCUUUGCAGUAAUAGUUUAUGCUUCUCAUCUGCUCCAAUUGCAAACACUGGUCUAACCUUAAUUAGCUGGAGAGAUUGAUUAAAAUGGUUUGGGUUCAAAUUAAUUAAUAUUUUUCUUAUGUAAUUUCUUAAGAAAUUCUUCAUAAAAUCUCUUGGUAUGUCAUGUUUUAGAGUCUGUGUAUAGUCCAGAGAGGAAUAUUCCAUUACUAAAUUAGUGAACGAUUAUCUUGGUAAUCAAUAAAUUGUGAUUAAUUGAUUCACUUGUUUCAGAUCUAAAAGUGAUCUAUUGAUAUUUUUAUAUAAAGAUGAUUGGAAGAAACAAGCAAGAGUAUAUGCAAAACCACUAAGACAAGUCAGUAUGUGUUUCUUACAGUAGCUUGCCUUACACUGCUGUGGACUUCACUGUGAAACUUCAUUUUCACUUGUUUGUAUUUAUGAUCAUUCAAAUGUAAUGACUAUAUUGUGUUUGAAUAGAGAAGUAUUGGUGUUUGUGCUGUUUAAAUGCUGGAUUGUUGUACUGUAUUACAGAGGUGGGCAGUGUCUGUUACUUCAAAAUAGUUACUUAAGUAAAUGUAAUUGUGAACUACCCACCUCUGCAUAUUUGCCUGUCUCUCAUGGCACCCAGGUGGUAAAACAGUGUUCUCUGCUCAGACCUCUCAAAAUCUAUGGUAAUGAGGACUAGACCAGGGCUAAGACUGGACUAGACCAGCACUAGAGCAGGACUACACCAGGGGAGUAGCAUGGCCCUUGAGACAAACCAUGUUGGAGGGCUGACAUUAGAUGACUGUAUGAGUCAUCAGUUUAGCAAAUCCUGGUUCACUCUCUGGUUUUGUCCUGGUUUGACCAGGUUUUGAUCUGGUUUAGUCCUGCUUUAGUCCCUGGUUUAGAUUUGGUUUAGUCCUGUUUUAGUCCCAGCUUUAGUCCAAUUUUCAGUCCAAUUUUCAUCCCUGGUUUAGUCUUGCCUGAGCAGUCAUACACACAUGCUUUAGGAGGGACUGGCUGGUCAGGCAAGGUUUAGUGCCUGGUGCCGUCCUGGUUUAGUCCAGGAUUAGACCUGAUUUUGACCUGGUCCAGUGCCUAGUUUAGUCCUGUUUUAAUCCUUGUUUAUUUCUGGUUUAUUCCAGUAUUAAUCAUAGUGUUCUGAUUUAGUUUAAAUAUACAGUACAUAUACAUCAUUAUUACUUGCAAAAAUACUAUUAUAUGACACCGAAUUGUCUGUGAGUGGAGAGCACUGUAAAUGUGAGAUGGUUUUAUUGCUUUAGUAUAGACUAGUAUGGAGAAUGGGCUAAGCUUGUGUAUAUUUGAAUGGCUUCUUUGAAUGUUGUCAUGAUUUUAUUUAAGUAUAAUUUCGGUAUUGGAGGCAGUCUUCUCACUUGGCGUCAUUUCAGGGCUUCUAGUCACAUUGUUUUUUUUGCAGGAGGGCACUUGUGUUUAAUGUUUUGUAAUUUAUUUCUGUGCAUGUCAAUAGCCACAAAAAAGUAGAAUUUCAGAAAUUGAUUUUUAAAACGUUUACUUCUUUAUAUGAGAUGGGAAAUUAGGGAUGUAACAAGAACCACUUUGAUUUUGUAAUAUUUUAAAGGUAUACUAUGUAACUUUUCUGGUGAAGUGUAACCCACCUUCUUGUCUCCAUGGAGACAUAGAGACAAGCUGGUACCUUCAACCCAGGCAAAUUUACAGGUCAGAUAUGUGGAGAGAUGACCCCACUCACAGUAAGAAGGCAGGUAUCUCAAUGUUUGUUUGUUUUUUGUUGUUUUUUUGAGCAGUAAAAAUGCAUGUAAUUGAAUAAAUGCAACAUUAGCCAUUCCAAACAAUGCAGUAACAUUGCCAUGGAGACAAGAGAUGGCAUACCCUACACCAGAAAUAUGAAAUAGAGCACCUUUACAUUUCAGUAUGUUACUACAAGCCCCUUUGUCAAAAUGAAUCAUUUUUGGUGGUAAAAUUGCAAGAGAGAGAACUACAUUGACCAUGAUCCUUUGCUUUUUCCAUGACAGCAGCAUGUAUAAAUUACUGUUAUUAAAUACUUUCUAAAUCCUACAAAUAUCACAGCAAUUUAAAGGUGCAAUAUGUAACUUUCUUGACAUUGACUUUGCUACUUCUGUUCAUCUCCAUGGGGAUUAGUAGGAUAAGUUUUUAUAUCUCUAUGCAAACAAACAACUGAUCAGCUCAGCAGACAAGCAACUCGGUUCACAAAAAUGAAGGUAGAGCAAUAAAAAAUAUUUGUACCUGAAUCUAGAUAAAAUGCCAAACUGUGUAACAUUACAGGCAAAGAAAUGUUAUGGAGAUUAGCAGGUGGCAGUUCCCAAACCAGAAAAGUUCCAUAAUGCACUUUAAAGACUAGUUUCAGGGCAUUUUUAUAGGACAAAAGUGGUAUUUCUGUAGCAUUGGACCUCUAUAUUAAUUGUACCAUAAGAUGAAUUAAUACCUAAAUUUAAUUGUUACAUCCCUAGAGUACAGUACAAUCCUUAACUGCAUGUCUUACACUGAGCACUGUCCUUUUGAGCUGUCUUUACCCAAACAUUCAAACACCAGAUCACAUCAGUGUACAUGAAUGCAUUUACUGUCUGUGCCUCACAGUUGGUCAAUUUGUGAAAAUACUGACCAUGAACAAAUAAAAGUAUUUUGAUCUAAA